UCCGGCUUGAAAUCUAAACCAACGCGGAGUGAUACUUACCUUGAAGCGGCAAAGAGCGCAAGGCGCGGAUGACUGUGUGGAAAAUUUGAUUAUCAUAUCUCCAACGCGAAAUUGUUAGCAAUAUCAAAUCAACAUAGCAACAUGGCAGAUCAACUGACAGAGGAACAAAUCGCUGAGUUCAAAGAGGCGUUCUCGCUGUUUGAUAAGGAUGGAGAUGGCACCAUCACCACCAAAGAGCUUGGAACCGUGAUGCGCUCACUGGGACAGAACCCCACAGAGGCAGAGCUGCAGGACAUGAUCAAUGAGGUGGAUGCUGAUGGAAAUGGAACCAUUGACUUCCCCGAGUUCCUGACCAUGAUGGCGAGGAAGAUGAAGGACACCGACAGUGAGGAGGAGAUCAGAGAAGCCUUCAGAGUCUUUGACAAGGAUGGUAACGGCUAUAUCAGUGCUGCAGAGCUGCGUCAUGUUAUGACAAACCUCGGUGAGAAACUGACAGACGAGGAGGUGGACGAGAUGAUCCGGGAGGCUGAUAUCGAUGGAGAUGGACAGGUCAACUACGAAGAAUUUGUGCAAAUGAUGACUGCAAAAUAAAAUGUGAAACCCAAAGGACCCCUUCACCAAACAAGACCAAACAGUGGGCAGCACUCUUUCAACACUCAACAAGCAUUCACAACCAUCCUCUUACUUACCCCCCCCCCUGUCCAUCUUUCUUGAUUCAGGCUCACCUGUGUAAGCUGUUUUCUUUGAUUAUUCCUCUUACACUGCUUUUUACAUGUUAUGGUUUUCCCCCAUUUUUGUUUUGUUUGUUGCAUAUACAGGUAAAUCUACAUAUACUAAUGGUGUCUGAACAAGUGAACAUGAUUUUUAAGCUAAAAUGUAUAUGGAAAGAGAAGUGCAUGCUUUAUUUCUUUGUCACUGUUUUUGUGCUUCUCUGCUUGCAUCCCUUUUAUUAUAUGGCCUAUUCUCCUGCAACUUAAGGUUGUAGAUAUUUAUCUUUUAGAAGUGUUCAGAAUAACCAGGAUGGGAGUUGACAGGAUUUUAACAAAACAAACCCUAAUGUAUUUCCAUGCGCAUGUUUGGUGUAUGUGUGUUUAACAAUAUUAUGUUUCUUUGAAAUUGUGACAUUAUGUAAAUGUGUAUUUUAACAUAUGACCUGACUUAAAUGCAUGCUUACAAACUCAUGAUUAGUUGGCUGCAAAGGUGACUGUUUGGGUGUAGUAAACAUAGUUGAACAAAGACCCCACUGUGCUGUAUGUGUUUUGUCCAGACAUUAUGAAAUUGAUUCAACGUUUCUUUUACUAGAGCAGGUUUUUCUGUUUAGCACCACCAGUCUUGUUUGACAUGACAAACUAUGCCAUUUUUAUCAAUUCAUUUGAUAUGUACUUUUUACUUAUGGGUAAAGAUUUAAGGCAUAACUGUUUCAACAAGUACGGAGUGGGUCAAAAGUGACCAUGGACUUUAACCCUGCUCUCAAUGUCAUGUACUAUUAGGAUUUUCAUUCCCCAAGCAAAUGCCACUGAUUAUUGUGGGUUUUAAAGGAACCCAUGUACAGGAAAAGACAUUUCCCCCACCUGUCCUGUUUUUUGAGAGUCUGCUGGUUGUGGUUUUGUACCGAACUUGUGUGUAUGUUAUUGAAGUCACUGUCUGUGUUGGAGCUGCACUAUGUGUCCGACCACAACAUAUUCAGCUCUACCACCUUUCAUGUUUGCAUCCAUUUUCAGUUUCCCCCCUCUCAUAAUUUUUUACUGUCAUGAAUGUUAUUUUCUUUCUGUUCAUGAUCUUUUUGUUUCAUUUUUGAAUGCUUUGCCAGUUUAGCUGUCAUGUUCUCUUUCCCCUGCCCUUUAAAGUUGUAAGUUGUUUUGGGAGAAUGAGAUUAUGCAUUCCAUUGCUGAACUCAUGUCAGUUUUUCUUGCUAAUUAAACUCUUUGACCAGUGUUUCUAUACAAAGACUCCAGUCUUAUCUUCAUUGUGCAAUGAAAGCAAAUAUUUGACAAUGUUAUCAAGAAUAUGAUCAGGCAAUAUUUUUACCUUUUGUCGCUGUAUUCUUUCAAGUUGUAACAACAAUUUUUGUUUAAUUACACAUUUGUAGAACUUAUUGUCCAUGGUUACUGUACAAUAAAGGGGACAACCCAACUGUCUUCCA